AUGUCUCUCAAUCCAUCCAACAAACCCGUCCUCGCCGUGAUAGGCGUCGGGCCCGGCAUCGGCGAAGCCGUAUCCCGCCACUUCGCCGCGCGCGACUUCACCGUCGCGCUGAUCGCCCGCACAGAGACCAAGCUGCAGCAAAUCCAGUCCGCCAUCAACGACGCUCACGGCGCCCACACAGCCCGCUACUACGUCACCGACGUCCGCGACGAGCAGCAGGUGACAGCGACCUUUGCUGCGAUCAAAGCCGAGCUCGGCCCCGUGCACGUGCUCAUCUACAACGCGGGCUCGCGGCGUCUGCGCCCGCGCACGAUCCUCGAGACGCCCUCGGACGAGUUCGAGAGCUUCGUCCGCAUUAACAUGUUCGGCGCGUUCUACGCGGCCAAGUGCGUGCUGCCGGAUAUGCUGGCUGCCGGCGCCGGCACGAUCAUCUUCACCGGCGCGACGGGGUCGGUCCGCGGGAGUCCGGGGUUGGGCGGGUUUUCGCCGGGGAAGUUUGGGCUGCGUGCGCUGUCGCAGGUGAUUACGAGGGAGUUUCAGAGUAAGGGCGUGCACGCGGCGCAUGUGCUGGUGGAUGGGCCGGUGCAGAGUGAUAUUAUCGGGGGGUUUGUGAAGAGUCGGUGGGAGAGGGAGGGGGAGACGGAGAAGCUGGCGCAGAUGGAGAGGUAUCUUAUGCAGCCGAAGGAUCUGGCGGAGAUUUAUUGGUUUCUGUAUAAGCAGCCUAGGAGUACGUGGACGCAGGAGUUGGAUGUGAGGGCGGAGAGGGAGAGUAUGUUUUCGAAGUUGUAG